AUGUCUCAUCAUUCAGGAGACAAUUCUCAAGUUACAAGUAACGUUGAACCAAACCUACAAAUGCAAGCCAUAGUGCGUGAAUUGACCGGGAUUUUGAGGGAAGAGUUGGAACCUCUCCAUGAAUGUAUUGACCGUACUGAAGAGGAUCGUACUCAAGGAUUCCGAGAGCAAGAAGAUGUCAAUCAAGGAGGAAAAGAAGAAGUGGAAAGACCAGAAGAAGAUCGUGCAUCACAACAAAGAAUGGGAAAUCGAGGUGUAGGAAUUGGAGCAGUCUUGUCUCAAGGUGGAAGUCCUAUAGCCUAUUUAAGUGAGAAAUUAAGUGGAGUUAUACUUAACUAUCCUACCUACGACAAAGAGAUGUAUGCUCUUGUGAGGGCAAUGAAAACAUGGAAACACUACCUUUGGCCUAAGGAGUUCAUCAUUCACAGCGAUCAUGAGGCGUUGAAACAUAUUCGGAGGCAACAUAAACUCAACAAAAGGAAUGCCAAAUGGGUGACGAUUUGGGGACAAAUUGCCUUAAAGAGGAAGGAUUGA